AUGCUCGUGUCUCAGCCGCCGGAGCCGGUUAGUAAUAUGUUGCUCUUCGAGCUCCACGCCGCCUCCAUCAUCCUCAUGUUCUGCACCGGCAUCGUCCUCAUCGGACUCUCCGUCGUCCCUCCUGAAAGAAACCCAAAGCUGUUGAAUAAGACUAUGAAUAUGGAGAUCAUCUCCUGGCUAAGAAAAUGGGCAAGGUCGGUCGCCGGUGUCUCUCUCUUGCUGGUGUUCGUCCUGCGGUGCUGCCUUCAGUUUCCCAGGCCGUCCCUGAUCCAUGCUUGGUAUUUCUUCAUCGCCAUGGUCCUAGCUGUCACAUUCCCUCCUCUCCUAUUCAUGUGGAGAAAAUACAAGGCGAGUUCCCCUUUCUGUCUCUCUAUCUCUCUCCCUCUCAUCUCCUCACCAACCCGAGCCUUGGGUCGACUCCACGGGUUGGCCGCGGAAUCUCAGGCAUCUGAUCUCCGCCGCGGGACGACUGUUUGA